CCCUUCGGUGGCGCCGGCGCUACAGGAAGUGGAGGAUUGUUUGGCGCGACACAGAAUCAACAGCAGGGCUCUACUGGAGGUAGUCUCUUUGGCGGCAAUGCGACAGCUCAGCCCCAACAACAACAGUCCGGCGGUCUUUUUGGCUCAAGUACCGCACAGAAGCCCGCGGGAAGCCUGUUUGGUGGUGGUGGAUUAGGGCAACAGCCGCAGCAACAACAGCAGCAGCAGCAACCGCAACCCCAGCAGUCCGGUGGGUUGUUUGGUUCUUCAUUCGGGCAGAAGCCCACAGGAAGCUUGUUUGGCGGAGGUGGUCCGGGUCAGCAGCAGCAGCAGCAACCGGCGACCGGAGGUGGACUUUUCGGUGGAGGCCUUGGUGCUAGCACUCAGCCCCAACAGCAACCACAACAGCAACAGCAGGGCAGUCUAUUUGGAGGAUCUCUUCUCGGAGGGCAACAGCAACAGCAGCCGCAACAAGCGCAGCAGUCGCAAUUCGGCCAAACUACUAUGGCUCAGCCACAGCCCAACCAACAACAGCAGUCCCUUUCUUCGAGCUUGUGGUCACCCGGCCGAGCAAUUACCGGAGUACACCGUACCGUUCCCAUGCAAAUCGCUAUCGUGAAGGACAAAUGGGACGCGCCCAGCCAGUCAUCUCCAUUCCGAGCCUAUCUCUACAACCACGUCGGCGAGGACCAAGCGCCUUUCUACCAGCCGGGCCCAGAGGAUGACGAGUCCAAGUGGGAGGAAGCUCUUCGCCAACGACCCGACCCUAGCUACGUGCCCGUGCUUGUCAAGGGUUUCUGGGAGCUUGGCAAGCGCGCUCAACGCCAGAAGGACUUCCUCACCAUGAUGCAGACCCGCCUCCAUGAAAUCAAUAACUGCCUGACGGAGCUUCUCUCGCGCCACGACUUGAAAAUAUCCGUCAAGAUAGCCGACUGCCGCAGGAAACAUCUCGUUCUCAGCAAGCGCUGUCUUGCGCUGGCCGCCAAGACUCAAGUACUACGCAGCCGAGGCUACGCGAUGGACGAUGCAGAGGAGGAGUUGAAGAAGAAGUUAACCCAGCUGGAGCGUGCAGUCUUUGAUCCUUCUCUCAAUGGCCGAGGCGAAGAGAUCUGGGCCCGCAUGUUGGCCAUCCACGAGCACUCCAAGCGAUUGCAGAUGGAGAUGGAGCGCGCUGGUGGAAGUGUGGUGAACAACGGGGAAGAUGAGAUCGAUGAGCAGACAAUGAAGACAGCAAAGAAGAUCCUCGACGAUUACCAUGCUCAAAUUCAGCACCUGCAGAAGGAACUGGCCUCGGUCAAGAAGGAGUUCGAGGAGGCGCAGAAGCUGAACGGGAACUAG